AUGCUGCUCAUCGUUCUGGUGAGCUUUGCAUCCGUAGGAUAUGCAGCGCCAAUGUCAUCAUCGAAGUCCAAGCCUAUGGAGAUGAUGGCUGAAUCUGCGGGCGAACAAGCUAAACGCGGCCAGGCGGAGAAGUAUGAUGCAUACAGCUCAUAUGACCCGUACAGUGCGUACACAGACUACAGACUGUAUCCUCCUGGUGCAAUGGACGAGGGCGAGAAUGCCAAACGCGACAUCCCAGCCGAGAACAUGAACAUGUCUCCAAACAUGGUCCCGGAAAUGCCCAACCCAAUGGAUCACAAAAGAGCAGCCAUGAUGACCACCAACCCCAUGUCAAUGAUGCAAGAAGCCACCUCCUCUGGUGAAGCCCAGACGAAGGCCAAACGCAUGGAACCUGUCGACACUGAGCUGAGAAAACGAGAGGAUUACUCGUGGUACUCGCGAUAUAACGACUACUCCACCUACGGAAUCUACGAUGCCAAUGUCGAAAAGCAGGCCCGAGAAGAACACGCCAACCCGCGAGAUGACGAUGGCAACAUGAACAUGAUGAAUACGAACAUGAACGAAAACAUGAACAUGAACGCGCAGCACACCGACGCCGAGAUGCCAGCAGAGAAACGACAGGAAUACAGCAGUUACGAUCCCUACGCCGCAUACGGCAGAUACCCCCAGCCAGAUAUAGCCAACGCAAAGCGCUCCGCCUCCACGCCCAUGACUCCGAAGCAGCGACUCGAGCAAAUGGAAGCCAUGAUGCGGGAGAUCAGAAUGGACGUCAUGACGGCCGCCGACGAAGGCGACGAUGCCGAUACGUCGUCCGUGAUGAUGAUGUCCAAUGUUGAGACGCGCGACGUGUCUUCCUCCUCUAUGGCGGAGAGGAUCAGGGCAAUGGAGGCGAUGGUGCAGGGCAUGAAGAUGGAAAUCGGUAUGGGGAUGGGGAUGCAGGGACGUAGGGACGUCAUGACGAAGGCUGAUAUGGCGAUGGUGGAGAAGUUGGAGAGUAUGAAGGAUGGGGGUAUGGGGAACGGGAUGUGA